CAAACAUAUAAGGAAUUUCGUAACCACUAUUAUAUCACCCUUUUUCUUAUUAUUUUUAUUUGCCUUGUUUUCUGUGUGAAAUUAAUUGAUCUCACUAUGACCGUCACCAACAAUAUGUAUAUUGCGGAGACUCCCCGAGAGGUUAAAGAGGCCGAGGGAUUACUUCUCCUUACCCAAAAUACCCCCAAUGGCCAAGCCAUUCAAAUUAUGUUGGAGGAACUUGCCGCGACUUAUGGCACCGCAUGGACUACAUUUCUAAUCGACAUUUCAAUUAAUGAGCAGAAGAAGGAAUGGUUCCUCAGACUCAACCCCAACGGUCGCAUCCCAGUCAUUAUAGACAACUAUACUUCACCGGGAUUUCCUAUCAUAGAAACGUCGGCACAGUUAGCCUACUUAACCGAACAGCUGGACCUAGAACAUCAAUUUGGGUUCGUGGACGCGUUCGAACGUAGCCAAGCCUUGCAGUGGAUGGUCUUUUGGCAUGGAGGCGGAGCACCCUAUCAGGGCCAGGUGAAUCAUUUUCGUCGGGUAGCGCCAGAGAAGAUACCCUACGCGAUUUCCAGAUACACAGCUGAGACCCUCCGGGCGUUUGGUGUCCUUGAGCUUCAUCUCUCUGGCAAGUUCACCGGAUUGGCACGCGAAUAUCUGGCCGGGAAUGGGAAAGGCAAAUAUAGUAUCGCUGACAUCAAAGCUUGGCCUUGGAUUAAAAAUUGGGAACGCAGUGGAUUUACUAUGGAGGAAAUGUCACAGUUUCCACACCUCCUCCAAUGGAUUGACCGAAUUGCUGUGCGGCCAGCCGUUCAAAGGGGCAUUGGAAAGAAAUAUUUAAAAUAG